UGUGUGGCUGUGGAUUGUCUGCUCCUGAAAUAGUUAUGCAGAGUAAAUGAAAUGGGUUGGCGAUUGGUGGAAAGGGUACCCGAGUGAAGGAGACAGCCCGUGGGGGGGAGAUCCGCCCCGCAGCUGCCACCCGUGUCCGGAGCAGACGGAGCCUCGGCGACCCGCCGCCCGCGAACCGAGACGCACUCUACCCCGGUGUCCUUGACCGCUGAACGGCAAAUGGCAGAGAUGUCCGAGAUACCCGACAGACCGCAGAGCGAAGUCAGCCAGGGCUCCAGCAUCGGCAACAUCUCCUCCCUCUCCACCCCUCUGGGCUCAAAGCCGAUCAGACCGAUGAAGAAAGUGCACACCUUCGGCAAGCGGGAACAGGCGAUCAGACGGGACCCCAACUCCGUCACUGUGAUCCGGGGCUGGCUCUACAAGCAGGACAGCUCUGGGCUGAAGCUGUGGAAGAGAAGAUGGUUUGUCCUGUCCGAUUUCUGUCUCUUCUAUUACAGAGACAGUCGGGAAGAACGCAUUUUGGGGAGUAUUCUGAUGCCCAGCUAUACCAUCUCUGCUAUUGAUCCGCAGGACCGGAAGGCCCGGAAGUUUGCCUUUAAGGCCGAGCAUCCAGGAAUGAGGACGUACUACUUCAGUGCCGACACGCAGGAGGACAUGAACGGUUGGAUGAGGGCCAUGAGCCAGUCAGCACGAGCAGAAUCUGAGUUCGCCAACACUUGUUUGGCCAAAUCCUCGAAGCCCGCUCCCCAGGACCGCCGGUACUCCAGCUACAGGGACCUGACCGAGCCCGGCCUCCAGCAGUACACCGGUGCCCAAAGCGCCGAGUCGCUGGAAAUCGCGAACCUCUCGCAGCCGGACCCCUGGGACAAGAUGCAGGAGAAGGAACCGGAGCCGGGCCGACUGGAGCCCCAGGUUCCUGCCGACCGGCACAAGGCGGCCCCGUCCUUGACCAUCUCGCUGGACCGGGUGACCCCUCCCGCUCGGAACGGCGCCGUCCCGCCCCCCACUCCCACCAGUGCGUUCCAGAGCAUGGUCUUCGGAUUCGAGGGGAGCUCCAGGCCCGAGGACGGCGCCGUGGAGCCACUGAGGAAGACCUCGCUGUCUCACGUUGAACAGUGGGUUCAGUCCCAGAAGGAGGAACUAGCGGCAGGAGACGAGGAGGAGCAAUACCUGGUGACGACCCAGUCCGGCCACGUGUACGAGUGUCUGAUCGACGGAUACCCGAUAUCGUCUGUCAACCCCGGACGCUCCACGCCGAUCGGCAGCAGCCGGCAGCGGGUGCCCAGCGAGGCGGGUCUGGGGCAGGGGGAGCAAGUGGGCGGCUGGUCGGGGGAGGAGAGAGGGUGGCAGCCGGUGCCCGCGGCAGCCAGCCCCAGCCCGGAGGUCGGCCGCCGCCGAUCCAUCACCUCCUACCGGUCGAACUCCCUCCCGGCCACUUCCGAGACCCCCCGGUACCAGGUCCUGCACCGGACACUCACGCCCGAUGACCGGUACACGAUCCUGUUGGCGGGGCAGCGCGGCCGACGCUCAGCAGGCGGCCCGUCCGAGAGGACAUCCCGGGGCUCGCUGGAGCGCUCGGCCUCCCCCCUGUCUCCGCCGGCCUCCCUGAGUCCCCUGCCCGGGUGGUCGGCGAGGGGCCGGGACACUCUGGAGGUGGUGGAGGCCAGCUCUCCGGACGAGUUCUACCACUCCGCCCUGUCUCACUCCUCCCACCGAUCCGUGACCAGGCCUCACACCCCCGUGGGGAGGAUCGAUGUGCUGCCGUCCCAGCUGCCGGUGGGAAACGGCUACCUCCAGAUCCCGCAGCUGAUGGCAGGAACCCUCAAACCCCCGCCCUCGCCCGCCGGGGACCGUCCCUGGGACCACUACAUGGCCGCCUCUCCCGCCAGCGUCCGGGGACAAGCCCAGAGCAGACACCCCUCGAGGCCCCAGACUCCGGCCGGCCGGUUCGACGUGCUGCCCAGCGAGGACCACUUCGCCUUCCCCUCGGGAAGACCUCACAGCGCAUUCAGGAGCCAGCAGAGGUCCCCAGGGCCGGUGGAUAGGAUGACCCUGGGGGCUCCAGAGGAGCGGGACCAUGAAGGUCUGACGGCCACCUUGCCCAGCCGGUGUUACAGACCCAGCCCGAGGCCGCUCUACAGAUCCCACAGCCCCGUGGACAGAGCCGCCAUUCUGCCCAGGGACCACUCCAGCGACAGGUCUCUGUGUCGACUCCGGCCUCCGCCCCACCGGGCCAGGUACCCUCCACCUCUGCCGGUGGGCUCGGGUUUGGGCAGCACUCUGAGACUGUCGGCUGCGAGGGGAACCAGUUCGAGCUACUCCCAGCUUCCUCCUCGACCUCCGCCCUCACCCCGAGCCUGCCUCUCGCCCCUGGUGCCAUCAGUCAGGAGACUGUCCAUCGCUCACUCCGUCAAUGGAGGUGCUCCGGAGAUCUUCCAGGAAUUCCCAGCAGAACCUGUCAGAAUGGCUGAAAGCGAAGUUGAUGUGCUGUUGACCCGGUUGUGUGGGCAGGACAGAAUUCUCCAGGGCCUUGUAGCUGAAGCGACCCCACUCAAAGCGGAGAAGGACAGGCUGGAGAGAGCUCUGGACGCCAUCCGCUGCCAGCUGCUGGAUUUCGGGGGGCAGCAGGCCCUGGCCAAGAAACUGACGUGCCAGCAGCGGAUUCUGCAGGAGGAGCUGAUCCAGACCCGGGCCAGGCUCUGCGACCUCUCCCUGGAAAUGGAACAGGCUUGGAGUGAGUAUGAAUUCCUGGAGAACGAGCUGGAGCGUCUCCGAGCCCCUCGAGAGCUGAUGAGCAGGUGUGGGUCCCCGCAGGAGCGAGGAGAGGCUCAGCGGGACCUGUCGAUGAUGCAGGAUGUGAUGCUCGGGCUCCUCAACAACAAGAAGAACUUCCAGGUUGCAAUAGAGUCGACUCGGCACCCAGCAGCCUCAUUUUCAGCUUCCCCCGUCCUGGAUCAUCAACUGGAGCUGCAACGAGACUCACCACGGCGUCUGGCACCACUGCCGUCUCCGAGCUCGAGGCAGCUGCCGGCCCUCUGUGCCUCCCCACCGGGAGAGGACGAUGCGCCCUGCCGACCACCCCUUCCCCACAUGCCCUACCACGAGGAUCUCACUUCUGUACACGUCGGGCCUGAGGCUGCGUCACUGGUGACCCUGCGCGAGCACAAGCACCAGCCGAAAGAUGUCCAGAGCGAGCCCGUGACCAACGGGAAGGUGAAGGGGGAUCUUGCGUCGACAGCCGGGGGCACAGGCCGGAGAGGAAAGAUGAGUGCAGAGGAGCAGAAGGAGAGGAUGAAGAGGCACCUCCAAGCACGGGGUCAGGACCGGGCCAAGACGGGCCGAAUGGCCCAGAGGGGCGUGGUCGUGUCGCCAGUUGUGAGGGCACCACUGACAGAGCAGAAGGCAGGGGCCCCGGGACUCCAGUCCAGGACCCCUCUGACCAAAAGACCGCAGACCAGCCACGUGUCGGGGGCCCAGCUCGCUACCAGCGCGCUGACGCCACGAUCCAGCCCGAGGCAGUCUCCGAUAGCCAUUGCGCAGGCAGCGGCAACGGAGACGGCAGGAACGCCGAACGUGGUCACGUCGAGCAAGCUGGUGACGAAGAUAUCGGCCCCUCCCGCGAGGGUGGACAGCCAGGAAAGAGAAAACAGCCGCAUGAUUCGGAGGGAGUGCAAGGUCGCCACAGCUUCACGGUACAUUCAUGCGGACCCUGACCCGCCACAGAGCCCAGAGCAACGGCAAGGGAAGCAACAGACACAGGAGACGGUCAAGACUGUGAUCACAAAGACCAGUCCUGGGGUAGCAGGGAGCUGGCCCCCCAGUGACCGAGCCACACACCUGGGAGAAGGAGAGAGAUAUCGGAUUGUUAGCCUGUCCUUCGCUCUCGCCACUGAAGCCUGCCAGCGCAGAAAAGUUAUGGCAGCUAAAACUUUAGCUGAGCUGCAGAAGUGGGAUGAGGUGACGGAAAGCCAGAGGGUGACGAACAGAAGGCAGUCUGACAAUGGCGAGUCUGAUUGGAAAACGCCGGAAAAUGUCCUCAUUUUAGCGCAGCACAAAGCGACAGCCAAUCCAAACUCAGGGCGCCGCCAAGAAUCGGCCAAUCCAAAUUCAGGACAGGAGGCCGUUGUUCAGGGAGACAAACAAGCCCCACCAAUCCAAGAGCAGCACGUGAGAGGGGGCGGGAUCUCAGCCUGGGAGAAUGGAACAGCUCUCCGGUCAGUCUGAACUGGAGCGCAACAGGCAGAAUAUUCAAUAACCCUCAAUCCAUUUGUGGUGUAGGCUGUUGUCCUGGCCAGGAGAAACUGGUUGGAGAGCAAGCAGCCUAGAAAGCAAGGCCGCAAAUAGCCGGGCUGCGCCGAGGGUGGGCAAGACCAUUAUUAAGGCUAACACACCUCACUGAAUCUGCAAGGGACUAAUUGAAUCGCCAGCAUCAGGCUCUUCAUUGCUUGCUUGUUCUGUUAAUCCGCUGCAGGCCGGGCCACCGCCCAAGGUGGAUGACACGGCAUUAGAUCAGCGACGGGAGAGCGCGAAGGGCAUCUGACUCACCCUGAGAGUCAGGACGAUGUGGGACUGUUAUUUCUGAUUUACGUCCCACGGUGACGGAGCAGAGAUUAGAACAGCCCGGAUUCGGGAGAAGGUCUGGAGGUCAUCUCUGCUUCCGAGAACACUCUUCUCCAGAUGUCCUGUUGCUGAAUUAAGUUGGAAUCCGUCCAGUGCUGUCACUCUCCCACUCUGGGCUCCCUGUCCAGCAAUACCUACAAACAGGGGGUAUUACCUUGUACAAUCUUCCACCACCUCCUUAACCACCCUACUGCCCCCACAGUGGGCAAUCACUAACCCUUCACUUCUGGCAGUUUGUGCGGACCGCUGGAGGAUCACUGAUCCUGAAACCCCUCCGCACCCAACUAGCCAGAGGUUAGAACUAAUCUUACACUAAGCUGGAAUUUAAAACAAAAAAAAAAUCAAUAUAUUUGAAUUAACAGACAACUAAACUCUUUAAACAGAAAACGGCGGAGAUCCUGUGGGAAGAGGGAAAGAGGAGUUUGUGUUUUGGGUUGAGGGCUUUGCGUUGGAAUUGGGAAAUGUGUGAUGAUUAAAGAGCACGGGCCAGGUUAACGAAGGUGAGCAGAGUGUGAAAAGCCAAAUGGAGGGGGAGGUUAGGUGAGAUUAAGUGACUUUGAAAGAUUUGUGUAAAGCGAGGGAGGGUGGCAAUGGGAUAAGUGGGAGGGUCGUGGAUAGGAACAGAGGAAUCGUUACCAGCAUUGGUAAUCUGAGAAACCAUCAAACACAGGAGCUGAAUUAGGCCAUUCAGCCCAUCAGGUCUGCUCCUCCAUUUCAUCAUGGCUGAUUUCUGAACUCCAUUCUCCUGCCUUCUCCUUGUAACCUUUGACCCCCUUGCUAAUCAAGAAAGUAAUAAGACAAGAGCAACAUUACAGUAAAUACAAAAUCGUUGAGUCCGUAACAGUGUAAUGCUCGUUACUAGCCAGGCCUUUGCUGAGUUCCUCUUCAAGUUUAGGUUCUGUUUCUAAGGUGGGAGAAUGGGAAGCUACAAUAACAGACAAACAUCAGGGUACAGAUGGGGAAAACGGGGUACUGAUAGGGAGAAUGCAUGCGAUCUGUUUACCGGGGUGUGGAAUCGAGAGCUAGGUGGCACAAGUUUAAGUUGACGGCGGGGGGGGGGAGUUUAAUAAGAGGGGCAACAGUUUCUCCCAGAGGAUGGUCUGAAGUAAACUCGCAGUAGGCAAAGCAAUAACUGGUGUUCUGAAGAUUUAUCUCUAAUGCGAAAGGUAACUUAGAGGCAAGGCGUAGUACUAGUGAUGAGGACGGAGAAAGUGUCGGGGCAAUGUGGCUGCCUUGUUCUUUCCAGAGGAAAUGGUUGGGGCAGGUACAUGGACAACAUUGAAAAGUUACUUAGACAGGUACAUGGACAGGGGUUCCCAACCUGGGGUGCACGGACCCCUUAAUGGCAUUGGUCCAUGGAAUUGAAAAAAAAGGUUGGGAACCCCUGGUUUAGAGAGAUAUGGGUCAAACACAGGCCUAUAUACCAGAGGGCAUGCAUUGAAGA